UGCUCCCUGGAGACAGAAUCCACCAGCGGCCGCGGCCCGCAGCUCAGCUCGGCCGUUUUCCUCCCGGUCCUCCCAGUCUCACUGGUUGACAACAGAGGAAAGGAACCAAGUUUUACUGGAUCUCAAAACUUCAGGCUGGUCUGAGCUGGGAGAAAGAGAUGCCAUCUACAAGGAGUUCAAUUUCAAGAAUUUUAAUCAGAUUGUCAUAGUAAGGAAAGCCCAGGCAAUAGAGAGAAGGUGGAUGGAGUGAGCUGGGAAAAAGCAAAAGAGAAAACAACUGCAGAAAAAUCCAGCCCAUUUAGCAGGACAGUGCUGGUCCAGGGGGCAUGCCAGAGCUCUGAUGUCUCCUUUGCAGUUGCAGAGGGAAGAAAUCAUUCAUGUUCUCAUAGUCCAGGAGCAGGCUCAACAUGCAGAUCCCAAGGGCAUUAGAUACUUAGCUGGUAUUAGAGAGCAGGUAGUAAUGUUGGCUGGAUAUGUGAAAGCUUCUGGAGUCUGGGAGUGAACCAUAAUGAUUGAUUUUAUUGUUACAAGUGUCAAACUACUGAGGAGAAUACAUGCUGUGCCCUUGGUACUUUUUAUUCAGGCUUUUGGAUUUAUGACACGUGUUGCUCUACAAGCAGAGAAGAUGAAUCACCACCCGGAAUGGUUUAAUGUCUACAGCAAGGUUCAGAUAACUCUGAUUUCCCAUGACUGCGGUGGGCUGACCAAGAGAGACGUGAAGCUGGCUCAGUUUAUUGACAAAGCUGCUGCCUCAGUUUAACCAUGAUGUAAAUAGCUUUAAUACAGUGUCCACCUAUAUUUUGUGUUUAAAUGGGAUCCCUCUUUCCUUGUAAUCGUGAUUUCCAAAACCCAUAGAGAGAAGAUAUUUUGUAAAAGCAGUAGCUGAGCUUUUCUGACCUUCAGUACCUUGGUCUUGAGACCCCUUUGGCUGCCUGUGCUUGUACUUUCCCAUUGCUGGCUCUGCAGGAGGAUGUAGUGGAUAAACCAGCAAUAAAUAAGUUUUGAACAAUGCUUUUUUAAAAACUAAACUGAGCUGGAAUAAAACCAGGAGCCCACCUAUGUGUGUUGGUGUUCCCCAAGCCCACAGGGACUGGUGGCAGCUGCCAUAUGAUGUUCUGCCACGCCUAGCCACUUCCCUCUUACAGAUUUGUACAUCUCUGCACUUCAAACAGCGUAAGAGCAGCCCAGCCAGGCUUGGUAUCAUCAUCUCUGCCAGUGACGAGUGCAGGGAUACUGGGAAGAGCAGUGCAAGCUGCUGCUGGUGUGUCCUUGGAGUUGAAGCUCAACUGGCAGGAACAGCUGUAUGCAGAGUUACUGCUUGAGAACUUUUUCCCAUCUAAGAGUAUAGAAUCACAUAACCACAGACUGGUUUGGGUUGAAGCUCAUUUCAACCCCCUGCUGUGGGCAGGGUCACCUUCCACUAGACCAGUUUGCUCCAGGCCCCAUCCAGGCUGGCUUGGACACUCCCAGGUUCAGGACCGGAUCUUGGAGUCGCUGGAAACUUUAGCGCUGGUACUGCAAAUAAAAAAAAAUAUCCUGGUGAGCCCCCAGCUCCCACACCAUUAAAUGAAGCAUGUGCUUGGCCCGGUCAGUGCUCAGCACCCUGCAGGACUGAGCCACUGUUGGUGUUGUAAUGCUCCAGUACCUGCUGGAUUAGGCAGGGGGUGGCUUGGCCAAGUACCCAGAGCCCUGGCCAGGGCUGCCGGCGGUGAAGAAAGCUGCAUUAGCAGGAUUCUUGCUAAGCUGGGCUAGACUGAAGCUAUGCUUACCCACUUUUUAUUUUCAUACCUAGAAUUACUCAUUGCAAACAUUGUUGCAGAUCCCACUGACAACGUUUAAAAUAAUUUCCUCCGUGGUUUGAAUGUCUUUGUUUUUAUCCUAUGAUCCUCCCCGAGACAGAUUUCCAGUGCCGGCAGGGAGGUUUCAUUCUGCUUAAAGCUUGCAGGAGGGCCUCUUCCCCUGCAGUUCCCCUGCUGAAUGUCCCCAGCAUGCUCUGUCAUGCCCUGUGAGCAGCUCCGGCUGCGGCGCUCCCGGGAGAUUGACACCUCCGAAAUGCCGGAGCGCAUUGCUCAGAUGACACCGGCGGCACAGCCACCAGCUACCGAGAAGAGAGAUGCACCAGUGCCAAAAUCUAUAUCGGGAGUACAUGCGAGGUGUGUGGUCUCUCAGAUAUUUUGGGAUGCAAAAUGCCAUGAACUGCCACCCAAGUGACUGUUGAUAAAAUAAGAAAGAUAUUUUUUAUAAAUCCUUAGCAAGCACCAUCGUGUGCUAAUUGGUCACAUACAGAAAGAAAGAUGUUGGGGUUUAUUAUCGGUAACACUGCUUGGGAUAUGAAGUUAAUACCUAAAAAGACCCAAAUUCAGACUAUGUGCUCAGCUGUUCUUUUCUCACAAGUGCCUGUUCCCAGUGAAGUGGAGGAUUUCCCUGAUAUGGUUUGAAAAUGGUCAGUGUUGUGAAGAGUGAAUAAAACAAAAACAAACAACCAGGUUGUGAUGUCUCCUGUUACCGUGGGGAAGUGAAAUGAGCUUCACCCAACGUUUUGACAACAUCUCUAAUGAACUGUGGAAAGUCUGUUGUUCAGAAUUGAUACAUAACGCAUGGGCUUUGAAUAAAACCAAUAAAAUCAAA